UUCAGAGAAUUCAAGUUUGCACAGGUAAUGAUCUUUGCUAUCAAUGAGAUCAACCAAAGUCCUGACAUUCUGCCUCAUGUUAAACUUGGAUACAAGAUUUAUGGUAACUGUGGAACGAUGGACAUACUGAGAGCUGCUCUCGCUCUGGCAAGUGGGUUGAAAAGAGAAAUCCAGGAUGACCACUGCACAAAAACUGACACAGUGCAAGCCAUUCUGGGGCAUUCGGGUUCAAGACCAACCAUUGCAUUUGCACAAGUAGUUGGAAGGUUCAAGAUUCCUGUGAUCAGCCACUUUGCCACCUGUGCCUGUCUGAGCAAUAGAAAAAAGUAUCCCAGCUUUUUUAGAACUAUCCCCAGUGACUACUACCAAAGCAGGGCCCUGGCAAAGCUGGUCAAGCACUUUGGUUGGACCUGGGUCGGUGCGAUAGCCGUGGAUAACGAAUAUGGCUUCAAUGGCAUCAUGGCAUUCAUCCAAGCUGCCCAAGAAUAUGGAGUGUGCAUCGAGUAUUCUGAAGCAUUUUCAUCAUCCGAUCGGCCAAAACGUCUCCUGAAAAUAACAGAGGUCAUAAAGCAGGCCACUUCCAAAGUGAUUAUGGCUUUUAUGUCCCACAGAGAAAUUAAGCUGCUGGCUACUGCGCUACACAGACAGAACAUCACGGGACUGCAGUGGAUUGGAAGUGACGCGUGGAUCACAGAUCACUCUCUGACUGACAGUGAAGGACACAGCAUCUUACAGGGCUCACUGGGCUUCGCUGUCUCCAAAGCGAAGAUCUCAGGGCUGGGGAACUAUCUGAAGCAGCUCCAUCCUUCACAGUUUCCCGACAGUCAGUUUGUUAGAGAUUUCUGGGAAGAUGUAUUUGACUGCUCUCUCAGUGAAAGCGUUCCAACACAGCAGGCCUGCAGUGGUUCUGAGAGUUUGCAAAAUGUUGAUUCACAAUUCACAGAUGUGUCUGAGUUAAGAUUUACUAAUAAUGUCUACAAGUCCGUUUAUGCAGUGGCUCAUGCUCUGGACAGACUGAUUAAAUGUGACGCUGGAGGAGGACUGUUCUCUAAUGUGAGCUGUGCAGACCCAAAACAGAUACAACCAUGGCAGGUAUUGCAGUCCCUCAAGUCUGUAAAUUUUACCACAAAGGAAGGAGAGCAAGUUUAUUUCAACAGUGAUGGAGACUCUCCAGCAAGAUACGAGCUUGUUAAUUUACAAAUCACCAACAAAGGAACUCUUGCUGGAGAAACAGUUGGCAUUUAUGAUGCUUCUCUUCCAGAAAGUCAUCAGUUUAUCAUGAACAACAUCCCUGUUGUUUGGGGUAAUGGGUUAACUGAGGAGGUGCCUCUGUCAGUCUGCAGCGAGAAAUGUCUCCCGGGAACUCAUAAAGUCCUCCAGAAGGGAAGGCCAGCCUGCUGUCAUGAUUGCAUACCCUGUCCAGCUGGCGAGAUCAGCAAUUUAACAAAUUCAAUUCAUUGUAUGAAAUGUCCAUCAGAAUAUUGGUCCAACAAACAAAGGAACGCUUGUAUCCCCAAAGAAAUCGAAUUUCUCUCAUAUAAUGAAAUCCUGGGCACACUGUUAGCAAUAUUUUCAUUGCUUGGGGUUUUUCUCACGACCAUCACAUUCAUAGUCCUUUACUGUCAUAAAGAAACGCCAUUAGUAAGAGCCAACAACUCUGAGCUGAGCUUCCUGCUGCUCUUCUCUUUGACUCUGUGCUUCCUGUGCUCUCUGACCUUCAUCGGCCGGCCCUCCGAGUGGUCCUGCAUGCUGAGGCACACGGCGUUCGGCAUCACCUUCGUCCUCUGUAUCUCUUGUGUGCUGGGGAAGACUAUAGUAGUUUUAAUGGCCUUCAGAGCCACACUUCCUGGCAGCAAUGUGAUGAAAUGGUUUGGGCCUGCACAGCAGAGACUCAGCGUCCUGGGUUUCACGCUGAUACAAGUUUUGAUUUGUAUACUUUGGCUAACAAUAAAUCCACCUUUUCCUUUUGUAAAUAUGUGGCUGUUUAAGGAUCGGAUACUCUUAGAGUGUGCUCUGGGUUCAGCUGUAGGGUUUUGGGCUGUUCUGGGAUAUGUCGGACUUCUGGCAUUAUUGUGCUUUGUGCUUGCUUUUUUGGCUCGGAAACUACCAGAUAACUUCAAUGAGGCUAAAUUCAUCACGUUCAGCAUGCUGAUCUUCUGCGCAGUGUGGAUCACAUUCAUUCCAGCCUACGUCAGCUCCCCUGGAAAGUUCACAGUUGCUGUGGAAAUAUUUGCUAUUUUGGCCUCCAGCUAUGGACUGCUAUUCUGCAUUUUUUUCCCAAAAUGUUACAUUAUUUUGUUGAGGCCAGAACAGAAUACUAAGAGGCACAUAAUGGGAAAAACUUCUCAUAGUGAUAUCAAUUAUUAA